AUGCUUUCCGCAACUGCAGUCACCAUUAUUUUUGCGACUCUGAUCGCUGCAAUAAUCCUGCCACCGGGAGUUAUUUCCAAUCCCUUGGAUGAUGACUCCGUGGACCGACCAAACACCGACUAUGCGGCGUUGUUUAAAGCCUUCCUGGACAUGGGAAAUGCCCUAUUCGGAACUUGGACUCCCGCAGGAGCAAUUGAGGAGUUCAUCAGAAUAAGGGAAACCAAAGGUGUUGGAUUUUAG